UCAACCAAUCAGAGCCUUCGUGCUAUUUUCAAGAAAUAAGCCAAACGUGAGUUGUGCUGUCAUCCUGUCAAGCUUUUCUCAACAACCGACACACUUUAUCCCAAAGUUAUGUCUCGCAACAACAUUUACUAUUCGGACAGAUAUAGAGACGACCAGUAUGAGUACAGACAUGUCGUUCUGCCUCGGGAAAUGGUGAAGUACGUCCCGAAGUCCCACCUGAUGUCUGAACUCGAGUGGAGACAACUGGGAGUGCAGCAGAGUCAAGGCUGGAUCCACUACAUGAUACAUGAACCAGAGCCCCACAUCCUUCUGUUUAGAAGACCUCUACCUAAGCACUGACACAAGGACGAUUGAGCCUGCUGUAGUAUUUUUUAUUAUUAUUUGGUAUCCAUGGAGUACUGCUGGUGAUUGUGUACUGUGCAUUAGUUGUAUUUGGUAUAAAGAUUUGAUUAUGUGCUGUAUAUGGGAUCCACAAUAAAAGUGAGAAAGACA